AUGCUCUAUAGUGACUGUCUUGUUUUGAGAGGAAUCACAACCGCAAAUAUGCAUAUUUUCAGGUGCAUGCUGAGCAGCUUGGAGUUAGCAAAUGGAGCAUCGACAACAAAAGAUGGCGACUCUUCCAUAGUAUUCCCUGGACCAACACAAGAUAUAAAGAAUCGCUACGGAAAUGUUGUACCCGAAAAGUGCAAGGAUAUGAACUUUUGCACUGUGAAACCUAAUGACUACCCUCAAGAUUUGUUUAAUAAAAUUUUCAAAGGAAAAUUUAAGGAACCAAUAUUCCAGCCAACGUUUAUGAUGACAGAUGAUCGCCAAGGAGACCCAGACGAAGUGGAUGACUGUGACACUGUCGUGACGUUCGAGCCGCUUUACAAAGUAAAGUCCUUGGAAGGAGAGUGGCGCACAGUGGUCCAAGCUCCAGAAGAGAAUUAUUUACAGAUGGUGCGAAUUGAAUCAUGCAAAUCAGUUGGAAGUGCCUGUUUCACAUCGUUCAGGGAUCCUACGGGGCUGAAACCAUUUUGCAAACAAAAAUAUAGUGUAUGGGAGUUCCUCGUCCACGAUGGUAAAAAUGGAACAGAAAAAAUUAAAGUGAAUCUACCCACCUGCUGUGCCUGCCAAUAUAAGAGGUCAUUGGCAUAA